AUGUCUGACACAGGCCGCAAGCCCUUGACGGAUCAGGCCCAAGAGAAGCUCACGCCCGACUCUCAGAAGUCCACCUUGGACAAGGCUAAAGAGUCUGCCACGGGGACUGCCGACGACAUUGCAGGAAUGGUCCAACCAGGGGACAGCAAGUCGACCACCCAGAAGCUCUCCGAUGAGACUUCGGCCAAGUCCAGCUCUGCCCAAGACACUCUGUCCGGUGCUACAAAGAACAUCCAAGAGACUGCCUCCACGUUGGGCCAGCAGGUCAGCUCCACCGCCGGCGCUGCACAGGAGUCAGGCAAGGAAUACCUGCAACAGGCGCAGGACACUGCUUCGUCGGUCGGCCAGACAGCCAGCUCCAACGCUUCCGCCGCGCAGGAGUCCAGCAAGACGUAUCUGCAACAGGCCCAGGAGAUGACUGCCAAUGUUCUGAACAGCGCUAGCAAAGCUGCAUCAGGUAUACAUGCCUCCUCUCUCACCAAGACCUUACUUCAACAUGUCCGAGCUGACAAUAGUCCCAGAUCUUGCAAACAGCAUUUCUGGCGAGAAGAAAUAGAUGACAUUGUCUUGAUAGAGGCAGGUCUCGAUGUGCCGAUUGUGAGGGAUGCACAGAAGAUCAAUGGUGGGUAG